GAGUGCUGAAAGACACCGUACAGCGCAGUUUAUAAGCGGCUUUAAUUAGCAAAUUUGGCCUCGGUGGCCUCCAGGGUGACUGCAAGUAAACACAUCCGAGCAGAGAGCACUCUCAACGGGACACUUUCACGUCACACUACCUGGGGGGUGGGGUGUCCUUAAACUUUUGGAUCUUCAUGCCCCUCAAAAUGUUCUUUUUCAACCACACCGGUGACGUUUUAAGUGCAUUUUUAUACUUUUUAAUCACACGGUGACGUUGUAGCUGUUUUUUUUGCUUCAAGUUAGCCACCUUUACGCGUCAGGUGCGUCCCCAAGGAUGAGGCACCAGCACGGCGAACACCAGCCGCCCCGUCCUUCAUGAGAGGCCGGGACGGAGUAGAGGAGCCGCGGCUGUGGAGAUGACGGCCAAUGUGAGCGGAGCUGGAGGAUCUGGAGGGUCAGUAGGAGGGUCCGCGGCUGCAGGGGGACACAACGUGGCGGCGCUGGUGUUCGGUGUCCUGCUCAUCGUGGUGAUCAUAGGUGGGAACCUGCUGGUGUGUGUGAGUGUGUUGAUGGAGAAGGCACUCAAGACCACCACCAACUACUUCAUCGUCAGCCUGGCCGUGGCAGACCUAAUGCUGGCUGUCCUCGUCCUGCCCCUCUUCGUCUACUCUGAGUUCCAGGAAGGCAUCUGGACACUCAGCACCAGCGUGUGUGACAGUCUGAUGACCAUGGACGUGAUGCUGUGCACUGCCUCCAUCUUUAACCUGUGUGCCAUCAGCAUCGACAGGUUCAUUGCCGUGCUGAUCCCCCUCAACUACAACAGGAAACACGUGGAUCUGCGUCAAGCUGUCCUGCUGUCAGCCACGUGGGUCCUGGCGCUGGCAGUGGCCUCACCCAUCAUGUUUGGCAUCAAUGAUGUGCCGGGCCGUGACCCCAGCGAAUGCAAACUGGAGAACGAUGACUACGUACUAUACUCGUCCGUGUGCUCCUUCUUCAUCCCUUGUCCCAUCAUGCUCCUGCUCUACUGCGGGAUGUUCCGUGGCCUGCGGCGUUGGGAAGAGGCUCGCAAGGCCAAGUUGAGGAGCAGCAUCCAGGCCUGCCGCAAGCUGCAGGAGGCUGCCGCCUCACUCCCACCGCUGGCCGGGCUGCCACCACCCCUACCCCCCAUUAUUGAGCGGGAACUGACAGAUACCCCAGACGAACCUGAUGCCUUCCCGUCCUUGGAGAGGUCCCCCCACCCCACAGAGUGCAAAGAUGGGCCUGUGCCCACGGUCAGCUUUGCUGAGAUAAAGUUCAAUCCUGACCAUCACAGGAGGAAGAGAGCCAAGAUCAACAGCAGGGAGAGGAAGGCCAUGAAGGUGCUACCCGUCGUCGUAGGCGUCUUCUUGUUCUGCUGGACGCCCUUCUUCGUCCUCCACAUAUUGAGAGCUCGAUGCCAGGACUGCCGCGUCCCAGCGGUCGUGAUGAGCGUUGUGACGUGGCUAGGCUACGUCAACAGCGCGCUCAAUCCUAUCAUAUACACAGUCUUCAACACAGAGUUCAGGAGGUUCUUCAAAAAGUUCUUACAUCACUGCUGCUCCUUCCACACCAGAUGAGUACGCCUGCUGACCGGGUGCGUGGACUUUUUUUUUUUUUUGGAUACAUGAGUGAAGAUGCUUCUGCUUCGUUAAAAGCUUUAUCCUGCUGCCUUCCUAUGAGGAUGUACUACUUUGCUACAACCUGCAAAGAAGCUUCAGUUGAAGGAACACUUCAGCAGACAUGUGUCACCUUUGCUCCACAGACAGGAACUCAUUUUAUAAUCAUCUUUUCAGAAUAAAAGAAUUCAUCAAAAUGCAUUUGGUUCGCUUGUUAUCUGUAACUUCAAUUCAGGGUCAAACUAACCAAAUGACUUGAAAGUAAACAAUGUAAUAAAAAUUAACACAGUAAUUAAGAAAAUAAUGCUACAGCAAACUGGCAAGCCUUCAAACCAGAACACGGUACUUCACCAAACCUCCAGAGAUAAUAAAUAUGAUUCAAUAUGAAGCUUUCCUUCAUGGCCACCGGGAGCUGCUGUGAUUAACCUCAUUAAGUACAUCUUCAUAUGAAUACAAAGUCAGAAAGACAAACCGAUCUGCGCAAGAGGACUUGCACACAUUGAAGAGCCCUUUUGUGCACAAGAGGCCAGGUUCUGCCACACCUGCCCUCAUUUAACUUUGUCUAUGCUCAUUGGCUCCUCUGCCGGAAGGGCCCCUCCCCCUCCCGACUGACAGCAGGUGUGCUGGUGAUCUUUCCAGUCCUGCAAGGGAGGAAAACAAAGCAGCAAUGAAGUGAAGAGACUUUACUUGUCAUCACUAUACACCGAAUCCCUGCAUAUUAUCUCCCUAAAGAAGCGGUUUAUUGGUAGAAAACACAUCUCAUUCACCCUAAAUCAGUAUUUUGUUAAAAAUAUGUGAUAAAGCAUAAAACAUGUACACUGUAACAACUAUUUGCUGCUGGUCUCGGAAGAUACUACUGUACUUUCAUCAUGAACACAAACAUUUGUUUUACCUUCCUCUGGCAGAAGAUGGAGCAGUAGUUGACUUUGUGGCAGCCCGCACACUCGCUCAGGGCCACGCGCCCACAGUUCACGCACAUCUCCUGCAAAUGAAGCAUGGUGGGAAAGAUGUGAAGUGUGAGAGCGAUGUUGAAAGAAAAAAGUAGCUCAAACUACUAACCGCUUGACCAGUGAUGGCACGUGUAGCCAACAGAAAGAAUUUGGUUGUUCAAGAUAGAGCUGCAUA